AUGGGUGAAUGUCCUGUACACAACACGUCCGCCAACGUGGCGGGCCACGGUACCCGCAACCGUGACUGGUGGCCCGAGGCAUUGAAGCUCAACAUUCUGCGCCAGCACACGGAGGCGACUAACCCGUUGAGCAAGGACUUUGACUAUGCCACUGCCUUCAAGAGCCUGGACUACUAUGCGCUCAAGAAGGACCUGCACGACCUGAUGACUGAUUCCCAAGAGUGGUGGCCCGCGGACUUCGGCCACUAUGGCGGUCUGUUCAUUCGCAUGGCGUGGCACAGCGCGGGCACUUACCGUGUCUUCGAUGGCCGUGGCGGUGGCGGCCAGGGUCAACAGCGGUUCGCGCCGUUGAACAGCUGGCCCGACAAUGUCAGUCUGGACAAGGCUCGCCGUCUGUUGUGGCCCAUCAAGCAGAAGUACGGAGAUAAGAUCUCCUGGGCCGAUCUGCUCCUGCUGACCGGCAAUGUGGCCCUGGAGUCCAUGGGCUUCAAGACCUUCGGCUUUGCGGGUGGCCGGCCCGAUGUCUGGGAGGCGGACGAGUCCGUCUACUGGGGUGGCGAGACCGAAUGGUUCACCAAUAAUGUUCGCUACAAGCCCGAGACUGAAGACCAGCAGGCCAAGCAGAGUGAUAUUCGCACUCGCGACCUCGAGGACCCCCUCGCUGCCGUCAUCAUGGGUCUGAUCUACGUCAACCCCGAGGGCCCCGAUGGCAACCCCGACCCCGUGGCCGCGGCCCGCGAUAUCCGCGUCACGUUCGGCCGCAUGGCCAUGAACGACGAGGAGACCGUUGCCCUGAUCGCCGGUGGUCACACCUUCGGGAAGACCCACGGUGCGGCGGCGGCCAGCAAUGUUGGCGCGGAGCCUGAGGGCGCCGGACUCGAGAAGCAGGGCCUUGGCUGGACCAACGCCCACGGCAGCGGUGUUGGUACCCACGCCAUCACCUCUGGCCUGGAGGUGACCUGGACCAAGACGCCCACCAAGUGGAGCAACCAGUUCCUGGAGUACCUUUUCAAGUACGAUUGGGAGCUGACCAAGUCCCCCGCCGGGGCCAACCAGUGGGUGGCCAAGACCACUGACGAGAUCAUUCCCGAUGCCUUCGACGGCAGCAAGAAGCACAAGCCCCAGAUGCUGACCACCGAUCUUUCUCUUCGCUUUGAUCCCGCCUAUGAGAAGAUCUCCCGUCGCUUCCUCGCCAACCCUGACCAGUUAGCUGAUGCCUUCGCUCGUGCUUGGUUCAAGCUGCUGCACCGUGACAUGGGUCCCCGUGUCCGCUGGCUCGGCCCUGAGGUCCCCAAGGAGACUCUCCUGUGGGAGGACCCCAUCCCUGCGGCCAACCACCCCUUGAUCGAUGUUGAGGAUGCUGCCGAGCUUAAGCGUUCCAUCCUGGCCUCCGGCGUCGAGCCCACCAAGUUCAUUUCCGCCGCCUGGGCUUCCGCUUCGACCUUCCGUGGCGGUGACAAGCGUGGUGGCGCCAACGGUGCCCGUAUCCGCCUGGCUCCCAUGAACCAGUGGGCUGUCAACAACCCCGCUCAGCUGCGCGAGGUUUUGAACGUCCUGGAGGACAUUCAGCGCCGCUACAACGGCUCCCAGACCGGUAACAAGCGCGUGUCCCUCGCCGAUCUGAUCGUCCUCGCUGGCUGCGCUGCUCUCGAGAAGGCCGCCGGUAUCCCCGUCCCCUUCACUCCCGGCCGCAUGGACGCCUCUGAGCAGGAGACCGAUGUCGAGUCCUUCAGCUUCCUGGAGCCCGUCGCCGAUGGCUUCCGCAACUACGGCAAGUCGUCCAUUCGCGUGCGCAGCGAACACAUGCUCGUUGACCGAGCUCAGCUGCUCACCCUGACCGCGCCCGAGAUGACCGUCCUGGUCGGCGGUUUGCGUGUCCUGAACGCCAACUGGGACCGCUCCAACAACGGCGUCUUCACCAACCGCCCCGGCCAGCUUACCAACGACUUCUUCGUCAAUUUGCUGGACAUGAACACCGUCUGGAAGCCCACCGACGGCAACAACGAAACCUUCGAGGGUGUCGACCGCAAGACCGGUGCUAAGAAGUGGAACGCCACCCGCGUGGAUCUGAUCUUCGGUCACCACGCCGAGUUGCGUGCGCUGUCCGAGGUGUACGGCAGCCACGACGGCCAGUCCAAGUUCGCGCGCGAUUUCGUCGCUGCCUGGGACAAGGUCAUGAACCUUGACCGCUUUGAUGUGGUCUAUUCCGUUGGUCAGGGCCGUGCUCGCCUGUAA